GGGAGAGGCUAGAAAUUAUGAUAUGUAUAAGAGGAAUGAAGAUCACUACAACCAAGUGAGAAAUUUGGAAUCCGCACAACACUCUACUUUGUACUUCGAAGAAAUUGUGCUUUAAUUCUACGGCCACGCACAAGCUGAAAGACUUGCUUGGAUCAUUGAAAGUCUUCUGGCUUUGACACCAUCGAAGAAUAAUCUAUCUUCGCAUACCAUCCCGCCCUUACCACAGUUGAGCACCAUCCGAACUUUGAAUUGUCAAUAAUGUCGUACUCUAGCGAAGCCUAUACCUGCUGCUUCAAUGGCAAUGUGUUGGAAACAUGUCAGUAUUGCCGUGGUUCCCAACGAGAACCACGUUGUGUUCCUUGCAACAGUACUGGAGUAUCUCACCACCCUUGUCCAUAUCAUUCCAGUUCUGCAAACUACUAUUCCAAUAAUCUGCAAACUGUGCCGGCUCAUAGAAAUCAGCAAGUGAGACGCUCUUCUGGAAGGAGCAAGAACAGCCAUAGUGGCAGAACCGUCGGAUAACUGGGCUCUUGAUGUGCUACGAGUCGGAGGCGGGGGACCAAUUUCAUCCUUGCUGGAUUUUGGCGUUGAUUUUUUCUGAUGAUUUUGGUAUCAAUUGAAUGAGCAGUUCACCCGUUGGUUAGAUCCGGAUGUGGAGAAUGGAGUAUCUUGUCCUGAAAUUUAUCUUUGGUCAGGUUAGGACUGAGCAGAGAUCUGGAACUAUGAAGCAAGGGGUCCAGAUUUCAGAGUUAUAGCAUGCAGUAAGACCCAGUCAUACAUGGCAAUUCGAGGGUUAUUCAGAACGGUAUACACAGAAAGACAGACGGAAGCAGGCUCAAAAUUGGGUCCUAUUGAGACCGAUUGUUGGGAAAAAUGGAGUUGGUGGUUGCGGAUUUUCUGCGGCUUCGGAACGAUGGAUAUUCAUGGCCAAUCCGUCGGGAUGCAACUAAUCGGUCGAAUGUACAAGGGCAGUUCUGUGACUCGGGUCAUUUUGUGAUUCGGAACACUGAACAACGGCAUGAUGGGAGUCGAUGGUUCGAAACCCCUCUCAGUUGCGAAUACCACACUUUAAGAAGCCAAUCAAAAGAGCAUUUCAACAGGUCAUGCCAUCGAAGGAGG